AUGGCUUCUGAAGGAUUAGAAAAGCUUACUGAAGUUCCACUUGAAUUCUUUAAAGAUGGUAGUGCAUUCAUUAAGAAAUGUCAAAAGCCAGACAAGAAAGGUAUGUACAAGCACGAAAGCUACAGAUGAUCGAUGAUACCUUUUUGCCAUAUCAUGGGUUGUUAAUAAGAAAUAAGUAAGUACUAACAUUGACAUAGAAUAUAUGAAGAUCAUUAGAGCUGUUGGUGUCGGCUUCGUUAUGAUGGGUGUUGUUGGUUACGCUGUCAAAUUAUUACACAUUCCAAUCAGAUAUUUAAUUGUUUAA